GUGUAUAAUCCGUUUAUUGUUUCCUGGUAUCAUACUAUCAUCACAACCAUUGUUUUUGUUCUCAUUAGUUUUUGUUCCUUUCUGUAAGAGCCAAUGGCUACUAGUGGCGAACAUCAGACUCCUGAAAUGGUUAAUUCAUUACUAGGAGACACGAAUGACUUGAUAGACCAGUUAUGUUCCAACGAAGACAUCUGGAAUAUGAUACAGUUACCAGAUAUAUCUGAAGAUUUUUUAAACGUCUACACAAAAUCUCCCAAGGACAUUUCCUGUUUAGCCACGCCCCCUUUGUCACCUCCAGACUCGGAAGACUCUCUACCUUGUUGCCAAGCAACAAAACUAAAGCCCCGAGUGGUUGCUACUAGCAACGGCGGUUUAGUACAAGUUCUUAAAAGCGGAGAAACUGUCCCCAUUAAAGCUUCACUACCUGAAUUAUCUAACGUAUCACCUCCUCCUUCAAAGAGACCACGCCCACUGGACAAUGACGAGCCGAAAGUAUCAAAGAGGGAAUUGCGAUUGAUUAAGAAUAGGGAAUCGGCUAGUUUAUCAAGACAGAAGAAGAAAGAAUAUGUACAGAAUUUGGAGAUUAAGUUAAGAGAAGCAGCUGCCAAGAAUUCGGCAUUACUACAAGAAAACGAAUCACUUCGGAGCACGAUAGUGAAACUGAAAAAAGAAAAUGAAAUGCUAAGGGGCUCUUCAAUGUCUCCUAUGAGUCCACUUAGUUCAGUACCACGUCCAGCCAUAGUUCUAGUAAUUAUAUUCUGUUUCACGCUAUCUUUCUUCCCAUUAUCCUAUUAUUAUACAGGUAUAUCUCCAUUAUCUGAGUCACCUAGUACUUCAUUAGCUCUUCAUACCCCAUCAACUGGACGAGCUUUGAUGUCAUUAUCAAAUAAUAAUAAUAAUUAUCAUAAUAGCAAUAGAAGAAGACUGGAGCUAUUGAGGAAUGAUAUAUUGCUGAGGAGAGGACUAAGACACGGUUCAAUUCAUGAUAAUACAAUAUGUACCUGUCCUCCUGUCUCCGCUCCUUCCUCUACCCACAAAUCUAAGGAACAUAAUUCAACAAGAGCAUUACUUCUUAAUGCCGAAUUGGCCAUUAAUUUUGGUAAAGGUGAAUUGAAUCAGCUAUUAAUUAAUGAUUAUAUUAAUGAUGAUGAUGAUAAUGAUAAAUUGAAGACUGAUGGCUCUUUGAUAAUCGUAUCUGAUUCACAGAUUGACCAAGAUAAUGGUUGUCAGUGUCAUUCGACUACUAACAGAAUAGCAACGAUGUAUAAAAGUUUAAAGAAAUCAAUGACACGGGAUUUAAGUCAUUUUUACCUAAUAUCAUUCAAAGAUCACUUAUUGCUGAAUGCUCCUGCUAGAGUUUCUCAGUCCAAUCCUUUACUGUCUGUUAUCAUACCAGCACAUAAUGGUACUCAUGCUUCUCCUCCUGGCUAUAUGCCCAUGCUACAAUUACAUUGUAAAGUAGUUGAUUCGAGUAUAUUUCAAAUGAGGCUGCCCUGAGCUGAAUCUCAAGCACUACAGGAACUGUUAUUAUUUUUGUAAAUUAAAAUUGUCAUUAUUAAUUAUUAUAAGUAACAUCAUUUUAA